AAUCUAGUCUACCCAGGUGCUUCAAUCAUUUGAACACACAUACACAGCUACGGGACUCUCCGGGGAAUUUACACGUGCACUUGCAACGCUUUCAAAUUUGCGACCAGGCUUUUCCAUGGACGAGUUACUAAAUCUGGGUCUCAGCGGCAUACAGUUUCAACUGGAGGAAUCUGCGGAGGAUAGCGACGAGGAUAUUGAAGGCGGAGCACCGGCCGGUCCUGAUACCAGAUUGCUGUACUACUUCAGAAGAUUGUACCACGUUCUCAGUGGGAAUAUCUUCAUGACCACCUACGUGGAGCGCGGAGAGAGAGAAUACUUUGCGGGAUUCAGCAACUUGGAAUUGGUGGCUCCGUUCCAGGGUGAUCGACAUAGCCAUCGGUACCGUUGGAUCCACCUGUCGCUCAUCUUCCGCGCCUUCAGAUCCAAGACAGAGUCCUGGUGAAGAUACCCCACCGUGUCACAGCCAAAUUGAAAUUCCAUUUGGCAUUUGUUCGGAGUUGUUGGCCCAUCUAGUUUCAUUUUGCGACCUGGCUUUCGCUCCUGAACCCUCCAAAGUCCACAUCUCUGGCCUUUUCGGUUCCCCUGUGUAAGUGGGCGUGUGUGUGUGUGACAUUUUGGCAGCAGUUCAACGGAAAAACGUUUGGCAGCACGGCCAGAAAAUGAUAAGCCUGGCCAGCGAGAAAGAAAAGCGGGUGGAAGCAACCGAGGAAUCGGUUCACUGAGUAAAAUAAAAAUUGGAAAAAGUGUAAUUGAAAUGCAAUGCACGAGAGGAGCGAAGGGUUGCCAUGGUGGAUUUCAAGGAAGCAAUUCGGAAGAGACUUUCUUCAAUGCCACCAUAAGGUUUCCUGCCAUCAAGGCUACGGGUUAAGGUGCCACGAAAUAAACUUAACCAUCCAGUUAUGUUCCUUAAAUUUAAUUUAUACAGCUAAGAAUGUUAUAAAAGAAAAAGAAUGUACCCUCUUUAAAGGAGCCUCGAUUUGUGCAUGGUAUUUAGUAUAUUCUGAAUCUAAGAACGAUAUAAUCUAUUUGUAGCGUCCCAAGUGACCCCGUCAUCUCAUAUCCUUGACCAGAGGCGUCGUAUGAAACUGGAAAUUAUGUCUAAAUUAUAAGUGUCGAAUCGAGAGGCGCCAGGAUGGAGGGAAGGAUGGAGAGAAGGAGAGAAGGCCAUGGCUCUACUCCAAGGCUCACCCACUCUAUCCCGCCCAUCGCCCAAUUAUCCAGCGGACUACAAGGCGACAAGGGGCAGUUAUUCAUGUGGCCAACGCUUCACUGGGGACAGUUGGCAACAAGCGGCGGUGGCCUAUGGCUAUGCCACUCAAUCCCAUUCAAUGUCGUGGCAAUGGGGCGUAUGAGUGAUGGCUGCUUAGCCAAGCGGGAGCCGGGUCGCCAGUAAUAUUGGCACCAGCGUUGUGCUAUUUGUCAAUGAGCGGAAAAUAAGUACGACACCCUUUACGAAAAAAGAACAUUUAUCCGCUGUCUUGCGCGCGUUUCAACGAGUGGUGGGUAAACCCAAAUGGCAGGAGUGGCCAAGGAGUGAGUCCAAAAGGAGCUGUCAGACGCGGGGAAUGGGAUUGAGGACAAC